UGCGAGUGUUGGUGUUGUGGAGGGUGCGUCUGCCGUUCCUGACGAGACCCGAGGCGGCGUUCUUGGUCCUUGUCGAAGCCAUAAUAAUGGGUGGGGGAGAGGGAGAGUGGGCCAGAGAAAGAGAACUGGG